GGUAUGUGGUUAUAAAAAUGCCUUGACUUCAAUGUUUACACUCCCAUUCAUGUUCAUCACUACUCUGUGCUGCGUUCAAGUAUGAAGGAGCACAACAUCACACAUUUAGUGCUCACAAACCGCAUUGCACUUGAUCAGGAAAACAAUGCUGGUAAGAACACAGACUUCCAAGUUGGAAGCAAGGAUGAAAAUACAGAAAGAGGGAACUGGAGCAAUAAGAGGGAAUAUCUGUUAUCUAUGAUUGGAUAUGCAGUCGGGCUUGGAAACGUAUGGAGAUUCCCAUACCUUGCGUACAAACAUGGUGGCGGAGCCUUCCUCAUCCCCUAUGUGAUCAUGCUGUCAGUUGCAGGGCUUCCACUCUUUUUCAUGGAGAGCUCUAUUGGACAGUUUUGUAGUCAGGGACCCAUUAACAUGUGGAAAGCUGUGCCAAUGUUGCAAGGUGUUGGCAUAACUAUGAUGCUGGUUAGCACUUUUGUUGCUAUUUACUACAACGUUGUCAUUGCAUAUAGCAUCUACUACAUGUUUGCAUCAUUUCGGUUUCCACUGCCCUGGAGUGAUUGCUCAAGCUGGUCAGAGGUGGCCUGCAACAGCACUAUUAAAGAAUAUUGCAAUAUGACUGCCUACAACUUGAGCCUUGUGUCUGGAAACGUGAGCAUGUUGGCUGAUGUUAAUCAAAACUGUACAGAAGAGUUCUGGAUUAAUGCACCAUUAAAGAGCAUCAGUGAGCAGUAUUGGGACCAAGUUGCUCUUCAGCGCACUAGCAGUAUGGAUGAGACAGGGCCAGUGGUCUGGCACUUGGCCCUCUGCCUUCUACUGGGUUGGAUCCUGAUUGCUGCUGCUCUUUACAAAGGCAUUAAAUCUUCUGGGAAAGUUGUGUAUUUCACGGCCACAUUCCCAUACGCUGUCCUGAUUAUCCUACUCAUACGUGGCGUUACUCUGGAGGGUGCGAGAGAUGGAAUUGACUAUUACAUUGGCACCCAGUCUAACCUUACAAAACUGUCUGAGGCUGAGGUUUGGAAGGAUGCAGCCACUCAGAUAUUCUUCUCAUUGUCUAUUGCAUGGGGUGGUCUAACAGCACUGAGUUCCUACAACAAAUUUUAUAACAACUCCUACAAAGACACCAUUAUAGUGUGCAUCACAAACUGCAGUACUAGCAUCUUUGCUGGCUUUGCCAUAUUUUCCAUCCUUGGACACAUGGCACAUAUCUAUAAGAAACCAGUGUCAGAGGUUGCACAAGCUGAGUUCGGACUGGCUUUCAUUGCUUACCCUGAUGCCCUUUCCAAACUUCCUGUAUCUCCGCUGUGGUCAAUCCUGUUCUUCUUCAUGCUAAUAACUCUUGGUCUGGACUCUCAGUUUGCUGGGAUAGAGGUGAUCACAACAUGCCUCCAAGAUGCAUUCCCAAGAAUCUUAAAAUCUAAACGAGGCCCCAUUACUGUAGUAAUUUGUAUCAUUCUCUUCCUGUUUGGCUUGCCAUGUGUCACUGGGGCGGGUAUAUACUGGGUGAAUCUGAUAGACACCUUCUGUGCUGGAUGGAUUCUCCUAGUUGCUGGAUUGCUGGAAGUCUUCGGUCUCACCUGGUUAUAUGGUGGAAACCGAUUUAUACAAGACAUUGAAAUGAUGAUUGGGACCAAGAGCACCCUCUUCUGGGUGUGGUGGAGGGCUUGCUGGUUUUUUAUCACUCCUGCUGUUCUCCUUGUCAUUCUUGUCUGGUCAGUGUACACGUUUAAUGCUCCCACAUACGGCUCAGUGGAAUAUCCGCAGUGGGGCAUUGCUCUGGGCUGGUGUAUGACAGCCUUCUGCCUUAUGUGGAUCCCAAUUGUUGCUGUCUGGAAGAUAAUGAAAGCUAGCGGAAACCUGUGGCAGCGGCUCAAAUCAACAUCCUCACCCACUGAAGACUGGGGUCCUUACCUGGAAUGCCACAGGACCGAUCGUUAUGUUCGCCGAGAUACAAAAGACACAAAUGUCUUUGUAAUCUCAAAUCAGAACACCACCAGAUUGUAAGAUAUUCCUUUGAGUCAGAUUUUGCAUCCAUCAUUUUGUCAUUUAAGAUGGCAAUGCUUUGUGGAUGGUAGUUUAUCAUCUGCAUAUGCCAUGGAGCUCAUUUAGAAUGUAUACAGAUACAAUUACUGACAAUUGUCCAGGAACAAAAUGGGAGACAGUGUUUGGUUUCUGACACCAGAACUGCUGUUAGCUAAAUAUUUUUGUUUGGCAGGUUGUGCUGCAAGAUACCCAGUAACACACAUUAACAUACUAAUAAUACAGAAUACCCCUUCAGUAAAUUAUGAGCUUUUCUAAUAAACUGCCUAAAAGUGUAUAACAGUCGUUAUUAAAGAUUCCCCAAGCUUUGGAUGAAAAACAUGCUAAUUAUUAUAUAAAAUAAAUCAAAUUACACAUUACCUUACUGUUUCAGAAAGAUAUCAAAUAUAACACUGACACUGAAGACUUCGUACACAAAACUUUUUCUUUGAUAACACAUUUACUAUAGAAACAAUACUAUAUCAAUCAGAUGGAAAUACUGUCAGGGACUGUUUUUUAGGCUAAUCAACACCUUCUGGCAAAUCUAAUCAUAUUAAACCUCCAAUUUCAUGAAUGAGUUUUCAAACAGAAGCACUUUCAUUGCAUUUCUCAUUGAUUAGUGCUUACAGCAACACAUAUUCGCCAAAAGCUCAGUCUGAUACAGUUACCAUUUGUAUUGCUGUAUUGUUGAACCUAAAACUUUACAGUUUUACUGUAUAUCAAGAGGUUUUUUUAUUGCACAUGAACAUUUUGAAUUAGUGGUGUUUAAACUGACCGUGUUUACAUUUUUCUGAUUUAGUCUUAGUUAUAAAAUUGCAUUUUAUUGGAGGUGGGGGUGUAUGUUUUUUUCCAAUGGUCUCCUUCUGAAUUCUGGACUUUUGUGUAUGCAUACAUUUAGUCACUUUACAAUUAAAAGCUUUUUUAGAACAAAA